UUUUUCCCCUUCCCGUGCUCUCCCUGGGGAGCAGGGCGAGGAAGACCCCGCUCCGUCUCCCGGGGACGAGCAGCGGGAUGCUCACAGGUGGCCGCGGAGCGGUGGCGGGGGGCGAGGACCCGAGCUGAGGUCCCCCACGUCCUCCCCGCCGCCUUUGUGCUCCUGCCCACCGAGGAACCAGCGGGGCAGAACGCUGCCCGCAGCCUUUGUUCGAGCCUCCUGCUCUCAACCGCGGGCACGGGCGAGGCGAGCAGCCCGGCGUCCUUCCUCCUCGCCCUCCUCUUCUUCCUCAUCCCCCUUUGUCGGCGGCGCGACGACGCCGGGGAGGGACGGCUGCUCCUCUCCGGAGGGACUUGGGCUCGCAGGAGCGGAGCGAGGCGGAGAAACUUCAGGGCGUGGGGCAGGCGGGGACGCAGACUUGGCUUUUUUUAUUAUUAUUAUUAUUCCCCUCGCUGUUUUAUUGUCUGGCUCCGUGGAUCGGGUCCCCGAGCUGUCACAGCGCACACCCACCGGGCACAGGCGGCCGCUGCUCCCCCCGGCAGCGCUCGGUGCUCUCUUGAUGCCCGGCUCGGCGAGGGACGGGGACCUCUCCGCGACGGACUGGCAUGUCACAGCGGUGUGAGCAGGGGAGCUGGCUCGCCCCGGCCGCCUGGGAGGUGACAGCAGGCAGCGUGCUCCUUGCCGGCGAGGUGACAGCCCGCGGAGGGGGACGAGCGAGGCGGUGGCCCCUUCCUGCUCGCCGGAGGGCUGGGAGGGUGCCGGAGAGCUGGCGAGGCGGCGGGGGAGAGCUGAGCGCAGGCUGCUCCGUGAGAAAGCAGAGCCCAGCGGGGAUGGAUUUGCAGUCGCCGUGAAAGGAGCUGCAGCCUGCCGGGGUCUCCCCAAAACCCUCCCCGUGGGGUCGGGGAUCGCGGGUGCGCCCGCCCCGAGGAGCUGCGGCUGCAGGAGGCACCCGGACCACGCACGGAGGAGCGGCGGCGUCCCCGGAGCAAGCCCGGAGGCUGAGCCUCCCGUCGGGAGGACACGGAGGCUGAGAGGGGGGUCCCGUGCUGAUCCCCCUCCCGCUGCUCCUUUCCCAGCCCUGCUCACGGGCACCGGUGCGCGGGGGUGCCGUGGCGUGCCCCCCCAGUUCCCUCAUACCACCCCAUCCCGGAGGGCUUGGCAGCACAAGUUGAGCUCUUGGCACUUCGUCUCGGAGCUGCUCAGCCUGCUGCUGCCCGUCAGCACCCGGGGAUCGACGCCCUCCCGGCUGGAGGGGGGAGGAUUGCUGAGCAGGGGGGCACAGGGCUCCCUCGGAGCCAGGAUGGCCGGCGUGGGGCCAAACGCUUGCUGCUGAAGGUGCCGCCAAGCCUCUUCGCCCUCCUGCUCCUGGAGGAUGGGAACCUCUGGGGAAGCCUGGGGCUUGCAGCUGUCAAAGGGUCGGGGCCGGAGGGCGUCCACGUGAGCCUGGUGGCUGCUCUGCCUUGGAUGGGUCGCCGGCGGGUUGAGCUUUGGCCCGCGGCGUGACGGCCCAGCAUGACGGCUUGCCAGUACCCCAUGGCACCGGGGGCCUUGGAGCGGGACCGCCUGUACCAGCACAAGGUCUCCCUGGUGGUGCGGUACUUCAUGAUCCCCUGCAACAUCUGCCUCAUCCUCCUGGCCACCUCCACGCUGGGAUUUGCCGUGCUGCUCUUCCUCAAUAACUACAAGCCCAAUAGCUAUUUUACCCAGACCCCGCCGACCCCACGAGAUGCCUGCCGAGGGAUGCUGUGCGGGUUCGGGGCGGUGUGCGAGAGGAGCCCCGCCGACCCCUCCCAGGCCUCGUGCGUCUGCAAGAAGACCUCGUGCCCCGUGGUGGUGGCUCCCGUCUGCGGCUCCGACUACUCCACCUACAGCAACGAGUGCGAGCUGGAGAAAGCCCAGUGCAACCAGCAGAGGCGCAUCAAGGUCAUCAGCAAGGGACCCUGCGGCUCCAAGGACCCCUGCGCCGAGGUGACGUGCAGCUUCGGCAGCACGUGCGUGCGCUCGGCCGACGGCCAAGGGGCCAAAUGCGUGUGCCCCGCAUCCUGCAGCGGCGUGGCCGAGAGCGUCGUCUGCGGCAGCGACGGCAAGGACUACCGCAGCGAGUGCGACCUCAACAAGCACGCCUGCGACAAGCAGGAGAACGUCUUCAAGAAGUUCGACGGAGCCUGCGACCCCUGCAAGGGCAUCCUCAACGACAUGAACCGCGUGUGCCGCGUGAACCCCCGCACCCGGAGGGCCGACCUGCUCCCCCGCCCCGAGAACUGCCCCCCGAAACGGGAGCCGGUGUGCGGGGAUGACGGGGUGACGUAUGACAACGAGUGCGUGAUGGGGCGCUCGGGGGCCCUGCGGGGGCUGGACAUCCAGAAGGUGCGAUCGGGGCAGUGCCAGCACCAGGACAAAUGCAAGGACGAGUGCAAGUUCAACGGGGUCUGCCUGAACCGCCGCGGCGCCGCGCGCUGCUCCUGCGAGCGCCUCUCCUGCGACGGCGCCUACCGCCCGCUCUGCGCCCGCGACGGCCGCACCUACGGCAACGAGUGCGAGCGCCAGAAAGCCGAGUGCCAGCAGAAGGCUGCCAUCCCCGUCAAGCACAGCGGACCCUGUGCGCUGCCUGUUUGGAGGAAGGAGUUGUGUCCUCGCAGCACCCUUCUGCUCCCUACCCGGACAUCUCUGCUAGGAGACCUGGGCACCCCCAGCCCCUGCGUGAGCGUGGAGUGCACCUUCGGGGCCACGUGCGUGGUGAAGAACCAGGAGCCCGUGUGCGAGUGCCAGCAGGUGUGCCAGGGCCGCUACGACCCCGUCUGCGGCAGCGACAACCGCACCUACGGCAACCCCUGCGAGCUCGACUCCAUGGCCUGCGUCCUCCGGAGGGAGAUCAGGGUGAAGCACAAGGGGCCCUGCGACCGCUGUGGCAAGUGCCAGUUCGGGGCCAUCUGCGAGGCGGAGACGGGGAGGUGCGUGUGCCCCACGGAGUGCGUGCCCUCCUCGCAGCCCGUCUGCGGCACCGACGGCAACACCUACGGCAGCGAGUGCGAGCUCCACGUCCGGGCGUGCACGCAGCAGAAGAACAUCUUGGUGGCCGCCCAAGGCGACUGCAAGUCCUGCGGCGGCACGGUGUGCUCCUUCGGCAGCACGUGCGUGGGGGGCCAGUGCGUGUGCCCCCGCUGCGAGGGGCAGCCCCCGGCCCCGGUGUGCGGCACCGACGGGCUCACCUACGGCAACCGCUGCGAGCUGCGGGCGGCCGCCUGCCAGCGCCAGCAGAGCAUCGAGGUGGCCAGGAUGGGGCCGUGCGAGGACGAGUGCGGCUCGGGGGGCUCGGGCUCCGGCGACGGGAGCGAGUGCGAGCAGGAGCGGUGCCGGCAGUACGGGGGCUGGUGGGACGAGGACGCGGAGGACGACCGCUGCGUGUGCGACUUCACCUGCCUGGCGGUGCCGCGCAGCCCGGUCUGCGGCUCUGACGGCGUGACCUACGCCAACGAGUGCGAGCUGAAGAAGACGCGGUGCGAAAAGCGCCAGGACCUCUACGUCACCAGCCAAGGAGCCUGCCGUGCCCUGGCCACCACCCCGCCGCCUCUCCUGGUGGUGCACUGCAGCCAGACCAUCUACGGGUGCUGCCCGGACAACAGCACCUUGGCGCUCGGCGUGGGCGCAGCGGGGUGCCCGAGCACCUGCCAGUGCAACCCCUACGGCUCCUACGGGGGGGCCUGCGACCCCGCCACGGGGCAGUGCUCCUGCAAGCCAGGCGUGGGGGGCCUCAAGUGCGACCGCUGCGAGCCCGGCUUCUGGAAUUUCCGUGGCAUCGUCACCGACAGCAAGAGCGGCUGCACGCCCUGUAACUGCGACCCGGUGGGCUCGGUGCGCGACGACUGCGAGCAGAUGACCGGGCUGUGCUCCUGCAAGACGGGAAUCACCGGCAUGAAGUGCAACCAGUGCCCCAACGGCAGCAAGCUGGGCAUCACCGGCUGCGAGAAAGACCCAUCGGCCCCAAAAUCCUGCGAGGAAAUGAGCUGCGAGUUCGGCGCCUCCUGCGUGGAGGUGAACGGCUUUGCGCACUGCGAGUGCCCGUCCCCGCUCUGCUCUGAGGCCAACAUGACCAAGGUGUGUGGCUCCGAUGGUGUCACCUACGGGGACCAGUGCCAACUGCAGACCAUCGCGUGCCGGCAGGGGCAGCUCAUCACGGUGAAGCACACGGGGCAGUGCCACGAGUCCAUCACCCACACGAGCCACUCGGCGCCUCCCACGCCUCUGCCCACCCUGCCCUUGGACAAACUCAUCCUUCCUCCGCCGCUGCAGCUGAGCACCCGGGCUCCAGAGCCCACCGAGCUGGCCAGCAGCCCCCCGCUGACGGAAGAAGCCAAGCCCACCCCGAGAGCUCACCCUACGGCGAGGCGCAUCACCACGGCCAGGCCGGCCACCACGCCCUGGAUGACCCACGGGGCGGCGAAGACCACCGUCCGCCCUCUGGCCACUUCUCCGGUGGUCCUGGCCACCACCCAGCCCGCCUACGUGGAAUCGGGCAGCGCCGAGGGCAGCGGGGACCAGGAGAUGGGCACCAGCGGAGACCAGGAGGCCAGCGGGGCCGGCUCGGCCGGGGAAGAGGAGGUGGAAGAAAGCCAGGUAACCCCCACGCCAGCCAUCGAGAGGGCAACGUGCUACAACACCCCGCUCGGGUGCUGCUCCGACGGCAAGACGGCCGCCGCCGACGCAGAGGGGAGCAACUGCCCGGCUACCAAGGUCUUCCAAGGAGUGCUCAUCUUGGAGGAGGUGGAAGGCCAGGAGCUCUUCUACACCCCCGAGAUGGCUGACCCCAAGUCGGAGCUCUUCGGGGAGACGGCCAGGAGCAUCGAGAGCGCGCUGGAUGAGCUGUUCCGCAGCUCCGACGUCAAGAAGGAUUUCAAGAGCAUCCGCGUGCGGGACCUGGGGCAGAGCAGCGCUGUCCGUGUCAUCGUGGAGUCCCACUUUGACCCAGCCACUUCCUACACGGCAGCGGACAUCCAGGCGGCCCUGCUGAAGCAGAUCCGAGCUUCCAAGAAGAAAACCAUCCUGGUGAAGAGGCCCCAGCAGGAGCACGUCAAAUUCAUGGACUUUGACUGGAUCCCCAGGCUCUUCACCACCACCGUCACCACCACCACGGCCACCACCAUGGCCCCGGCCACCACCCGCCGCUACACCACGGCCUCCGCGGCCACCACGGCCCACGGCUUGCGCCAGGACAUGGCAGCUCGAGCCAGCACCAAGCUGCCCGGCCCCUUGAGCACCCGGAGACCCAGCUCCACGCUGCCCGCCUCCCCCCGCCGCAAGCCCUCCGGCACCAAGAAGCCGCCGCGCCCCUGCGACUCCCACCCCUGCCUGCACGGGGGCACCUGCGAGGACGACGGGCAGGACUUCACCUGCAGCUGCCCGGCGGGCAAAGGGGGGGCCGUCUGCGAGAAACCGAUCCGGUACUUCAUCCCCAGCUUUGGCGGCAAGUCCUACCUGGCCUUCAAGACGAUGAAGGCGUACCACACCGUGCGCAUCGCCGUCGAGUUCAGGACCGUGGAGCUCAGCGGGCUGCUGCUCUACAACGGGCAGAGCCGCGGCAAGGACUUCAUCUCCCUGGCGCUGGUCGGCGGCUUCGUGGAGCUCCGGUUUAACACCGGCUCCGGCACCGGCGUGGUGACCAGCAGGGUCCGCGUGGAGCCCGGCAAGUGGCACCAGCUGGUGGUGAACCGCAACCGGCGCAGCGGCGUGCUGGCCGUGGACGGCGAGCCCCACGUCGGCGGGGAGAGCCCGCCCGGCACCGACGGCCUCAACCUCGACACCGACCUCUUCGUCGGGGGAGCGCCCGAGGACCAAAUGGCCACGGUGGCGGAGCGCACGGCGGCUACGAGCGGCCUGAAGGGCUGCGUCCGCCUCCUGGACGUGAACAACCAGCUGUACGACCUGCGGGAGAAAGGCAGCGACGUGCUCUACGGCAGCGGGGUGGGCGAGUGCGGCAACGACCCCUGCCACCCCAACCCCUGCCACCACGGCGGCAUCUGCCACGUCAAGGAGGCCGAGAUGUUCCACUGCGAGUGUCUGCACACCUACACCGGUCCCACGUGUGCCGACGAGCAGAACCCGUGCGAGCCGUCGCCGUGCCACGUCUCCGCCACCUGCCUGGUGCUGCCGGAGGGGGGAUCCAUGUGCGCCUGUCCCAUGGGGCGCGAAGGGGACUUCUGCGAGCGAGUGACGGAGCAGGACCUCACCAUGCCCUUCCUCCCGGAGUUCAACGGCUUCUCCUACCUGGAGCUGAGCGGGCUGCAGAGCUUCGUUCCCGACCUGCAGGACAAAAUGUCCAUGGAAGUGGUGUUCCUGGCCAAGAGCCCCAGCGGCAUGAUCUUCUACAACGGGCAGAAGACCGACGGCAAGGGGGACUUUGUGUCCCUGGCCUUACACGACGGCUACCUGGAGUACAGAUACGACCUGGGCAAAGGGGCGGCCGUGCUCAGGAGCAAGGAGCCAGUUCCCCUCAACACCUGGAUUAGCGUUUUGUUGGAGAGGAAUGGGCGCAAGGGGGUGAUGAGGAUCAACAGCGGCGAGAGGGUGAUGGGAGAGUCACCGAAAUCCCGUAAGGUGCCCCACACCUUCCUGAACCUGAAGGAGCCGUUCUACGUGGGGGGAGCCCCCGAUUUCAGCAAGCUGGCUCGAGCGGCCGCCAUCUCCUCGGGCUUCAGCGGAGCCGUGCAGAGGAUCUCCAUCAAGGGGGUGCCCGUGCUGAAGGAGCCCAACAUCCGCAGCGCCAUGGAGAUCUCCCCCUUCCGAGCCCACCCCUGCACCCAGAAGCCCAACCCCUGCCAGAACGGGGGCAGCUGCAGCCCCCGGCUGGAGACCUACGAGUGUGCCUGCCAGAGGGGCUUUUCCGGGGCUCACUGCGAGAAAGUGAUCAUCGAGAAGGCAGCUGGAGACGCCGAGGCCAUCGCUUUUGACGGCAGGACGUACAUGGAGUACCACAACGCCGUGACCAAGAGCCACCUGACCAAUGAGAUCCCCGCCGAGAAGGCCCUGCAGUCCAACCGCUUCGAGCUGAGCAUCAAAACGGAGGCCACGCAGGGCCUGAUCCUGUGGAGCGGGAAGGGGCUGGAGCGCUCUGACUACAUCGCCCUCGCCAUCGUCGACGGCUUCGUGCAGAUGACCUACGACCUGGGCUCCAAGCCCGUCGUCCUACGCUCCACGGUCCCCGUCAACACCAGCCGCUGGGUUCACAUCAAAGCCUCCAGGGUGCAGAGAGAAGGUUCCCUGCAAGUCGGCAACGAAGCCCCCAUCGCUGGCUCCUCUCCGCUCGGCGCCACGCAGCUGGACACGGACGGGGCCCUGUGGCUGGGGGGGAUGGAGAAGCUCAGCGUGGCCCACAAGCUGCCCAAGGCUUACAGCACCGGCUUUGUUGGCUGUAUACGGGACGUGGUUGUCGACCGCCAGGAACUGCAUCUGGUGGAGGACGCUUUAAACAACCCCACGAUAUUACACUGCUCAGCCAAAUAGACCCCCAGGGACCCUUCCUUCUCCUUCCCUCCCUCCUGCCUAUUGCUGGAUGCCAUGCACUGGAAGAGAGACCAAGGUCUGCUCUGAGCAGGCACGAAAGCAUUGCUCUUUGGUUGUCUUAUGACUGUGUGCUGGACUGAGAAGGGGCUGCGGGAGAAAUCUGGGUUUCUCUGUUGGCUCUCCUCCUCCUCCUCUUCCUCUUGGACACGUGCAGAAGCAGCUGUGAAACCUCACUUCCACGCUUUGCCUUUAUCCAGCCACGUCCUAACCUCCUGCUUGCCCUGGCUGCUCUUCCCAGAGCUGCCCUGUGCCAAACGCUGCCCUCCCGUGCGCCGCUGAGCGCUUGCAGCACCUCUCCGAGAGCUCCGCGCUCUCCCUGCACCACAAAUGGGCUGCGAGGGGAUGGGAUCAGGUCCCUUUCCACUAAAAAAAAAAAAAUCUCUCUCGGACCUGUCCUUCCCUGGCCCCCGUCCUUUUCGCAUCUUGACCUGAAGCUUUGGCAACACCCGGUGCUACGUGGGCGCUUCCACGCCGCGACCGAAGCCCCUCUGGAUGCCACAGCCCAGCAGCAGCAGCUCCGACGGAAACGGGCACGGCGAGCGGCUGGGCGGGAGAGGGUGGGAGGUUUUAAACUCUUGUCUUCCCCCAUGAAAGACCUAAAAGUCCUAAAAGUGACUGCACGGCCAGCAUGUGUGCUUGGGUGGAUGGAUGUUCUGAGUGCCUGUGAGCCUGCACACACGUGGGUGCAAACACCGGGUCUCCUCCGCACGGGAGGAAAGCAAAGGGAUGGUGGAUAUGAAAGAAAAGACCCCCUGCUUUCAGGUUCCUUCUCCGUGGGAAGAAAUUCCUGCUGCUGCCUCGCAUCGGUGUCCCCUUGCCACCACGAUGUCCCCAUCCCUGGCAUUGCUUUGUGCCCAGCCUCCUUCACGGAGCGCUCAGGAUUAGCUGGAAGGACCCUGCCAGCUAUUGCAUGGCGCUGGGUGUCCUGGGGGUGAUGGUUUUGCAUUUUUCCCACAAAUUCCCAGCUCACCUUCUGGUUUCCCUUCCCUCUCCGAGUGCUGUUUCCAAGCGCUGACCUUUGAGCCGUGAGAAGUCAAAUCGCUUUUCUCAGGGCGAGCUCUGAACACGGACGUAAUGAAGGGGAACAGCACGGCAGUGAACCACUCAGCCUGCUUUUUCUUUUUAUUAUUAUUAUUAUUAUUUUAAUUUAAAGGCUGCCUGGGCUCCGUUUCAGAAGUCAGAACCAUUCACCUGCAGGACACGUACAAAAGAUGUGCCCAGCACCUCAACCAGCCCCGUUCUGCCGUUCCCUUUUCAGGGGGCAGGGUGAUGCUUAGCGAGGCAGGGCUGCUGGUGGUCCUUGCCAGAGUUUCUUCUCUUCCCUCCUUCUUCCCAUUUUUUUCCUCCAUCGCCUCCACCAUCAACCAAAAUCCUCAAUUUCCUCGAUCAAUUCCUCUUGAAGUUUUCCUGCCGCCUAAGAAAACAAAACCAUAGCAGCACCUGCCCCCAUCCCAGAGGAAACCUGGGUGAAAUCUGCUUUAAGCUAUUGUCAUUCCCCUAAAAUUGUGUUAAAUGUUAGAGAAGGGGUGAGUUAGAGGGGAUACCGUGCCCCUGGAGAGGAGAGGACACCCAAAUUUGUGUAUCUGUGUGUGCGUGUUUGUGGGAAUCCCACAAUUUAAGUGGCUGCUGUACAUAGGCAGUGUGGGUGUAUAUAGACAGGCCAGGAUGGGGGGGGGGGGGGAACAUUUUGAUCGGGAUGUGCAGAAAGCCAGGGGCUGUCUGGGGGUGUCGGAUGGGGUGGGAGGACUUGCGAGACCCUCGAGUGGUGUUUGGAGCACGGGGACUGAGCUGGAGAUGCGACCGUGCCGGCUGGAGCUGGGGGCGCAGAGGGAGGGGGGCACGCACGGAGGAAGCUGCUGAUUUUCCACAAUGCCACUGAAAUGAAGCCAGGGUCACUGCAAAAAAAAAAGAAAAAAAAGAAAAAAAAAUCAAAAACAAAAAAGCCAACA